AUGAAACUGUUUAUAGCAGCUUUAGUCCUGUGCUCGUUGGCCAUUUGCUUCAGUUCUCCCAUCGACAAUAAAAAUCUAAAAUCAUUGUUAGGAGCAGAAGCCUCAGUUCAUAAUGAUACGAAUAUUAAACGUAUAAGUGCUGACAACGCCGAACAUAUCCGUACCGGCAAUAAUGAUGAACAUAUUCGUAUAGCGCGUCAUCAUGGCUAUGGUGGUUAUGGAGGAGGUUAUGGUGGAUAUGGCGGUUAUGGUGGAGGUUAUGGCGGCUAUGGAGGAUACGGAGGAUAUUACGGUUAA